ACCACAGCACGCAAAACAAUCACGCAUUUCCCAGCCUGCAUCCGACGAAUAGCAUCACCGGGCGGUGCACCCAUCCCCACGCCCACGCCCAUCCGCUGGCUGAUCAACCAACGGGGUCCACAACCACCUCCACCACCACUAUCACCCACUGAGCAGCAGCAGAAGAAACCUGCAACCAAACAGAUGGCGAACACGUCGACCAGCAUACCAUCGACUCCGACAACAACCGCCGCUUCUACCGCCGCCGCCGCUUCUUCUUCCUCCUCUUCUUCUUCUCGCUCACUGAACACUCCUCCGCCCCCAUCCGACGACGACGAGGAAGUAACACAACUACUUUUCUCCAGCAACAACAGUAACACCGGCGAAGAUCACGAUCAUAUCGAUCCACGCUCAAACACCCCCAUCCCCGCCGCCGCCGCCAUGGGGAGCACAGAUGGAAACGGUUGUGCGAAAGAAGUCGCGAACAACAAUACUCCCGAUCACAACACCAACAGCAACGGAAACGUCAUCUACACACCCGCCUCGACAGUCUCUUCUUCGAAAGCGGAUUCGACCUACGGCGGAGAAGAGAAUGCGUCCGAGUCGGCGGGAGGAAAUAGUUCGUGGGGCGAGUGGUGGAAAGCUGAGGGCAUCGCGGCACAGGUGGGCAGCUUGAGCAAAGAGCUCACCGAGCUAAAGGAUGCCAUCGCAAAUAAGAAUCUGGAUGGCGAAACAAACGACAUGUCUCGUCUCAAAGCGAAUCAUCGUUCGUCGCUAGCAUCGCUUGCCGAAUUCCAUCGAUCGGAAAUGGCUGGGCUCAACGCCUCCCACAUCGAAGCGAUGAAGAAGAUGGAGUUGCAACACAUGGAAGAACUGCGGAGUGCUAGAAGGGUCAACGGUCACGAUCGCGAGCUGGUCCAGGGCUUACAUCAUAGCUACAGCAAACAGAUAGAGAGCCUCGUGUUGGAUCUCAGCGAAGCAAGACGGGAAGUGAAGGAGUUGAAGUUGAAGCAGCCAUCAUCGGCCUCGAGCGCAUCAACUUCCGUAGCGACAGAUCCGGCGCUAGAUAAGGUCUCGGGCCGGACAUUGGUGAUGAACCUCACUUUCGAGAACUUGGACGCCCCUCUAGACACUGCCUCGCUCCCGAUACCUCAUCCAGGUCGCUCUUUCGAUUCUCUGCUGAGGAUCCUCUCCUUCAGUGUCAAGAACCAUCUACAGACUCUCAAUAACACUGCGAGUUUCUUUAUGCGUCGACCUAGUGAGGAACAUGCCGAGGCAGCCUUGAAGAUCAAACAUUGGUACGAAGCUGCUCUCCAAGAGAGAGUACAUUUCUCCUUCACAUCGAGUGCCGAUGCAGAGGGUAGAACUAUGCACGAGCGGUGGGAGAAUGGAUACUGGAAGAAUGACGAAUUCGUCCUGGGGGUGUUGUGCACCGCUGAAGGAUGGGAGAGCAAUGCCAGCACUCCGUAUCCACCGGAAACAGUGGAUGAGGAGGACGACAUUGAAGACUACAUUCAUGACUCGGUGCUCUCGCCUCUUGGUCGCAGAUCGCCGGUCGAACGAUUGGUCUCGAUUGAGAGUUCGAUAAGCGAACGGUUUGAUCCCGCUGCUGAACUGGAGCGGAUAAACCGCGAGAUUGGUAAUUUACAGCUUCACCAGCAUCUUCAGGAGCAGGUAGACCGCGAGUUGCGGAAGCGGGGAUCUAAGGAGAAUUGCGAACCAGCGCUGCCAUUGAGGAUGAAGGCUCGCAAGGCUACGGUCGAGUCCGUUAAGGACGAGGAUGAUGUGCCAUUGCCAUCCAAGCCAACUCCUCCGACGAAGAAUGUCCCUAUCGUGAAUCCUCCCAAACCUCACCAGCAGCCAGUGGAGACUUCAGCUUCGUCUACUGCUCCUUUCGUCUUGGAAGACAGCCAGACUGAACCGACGAACCGUACUCUGAACGCUUCGCUGGAGGAGGGCCUGAAGGAAUACCUGGAGAAGGACAUCGAGAGAGCUCAGCUCAAGGGCAAGACGGCUGGAUCGGGAGAGUCCUGGUUGUUCGACGACCUGUUUUCGACUCCCACCGAUCAGGGCAAGGAUAAGGAUGAUGGGUCGGAUGACGGUCGGUUCUUCUCGGUAAUUGAUAUGCGACCGGAAGCUCACUGCCGCUUAGAUUCUACUCACUCUACAGACGCUGCCGGAGGCACAGCCAACAGGGGAGUACCGCUGCGUUCUGGUCCCUCGAAUAGCAAGAUUGGAGAGGCCGCCCGUCGGGGCAGUGGCACUGGUGUACGUUCCGGGUUCGGAUGGAGAUGGCUGUCGGAAGGUGGAACCAAGUCUCCUCCGCUGUUUUCAGUAAAGGACCGCCAUCCUACUCCCAAGCCGACGAAGCAGGGCUUCACGCCACCUGCGAGGGAGACUUAUAUGGGGAACGUAACCAGCGACAGCGAUGGUAACGAUCAGGAUGACUCGGACUACUAUCACGAUCAGGGUGGGGAUUCGCGAGCAUACUUUUCGGGCCGUCCAUUGUUUGGUUUCGCAGACGCACGAUUGUCCCCAGCUCCUCCUCCGGCUCCACCCGCGCCUGAAGGAACUACCCGUGACUCCCCUACGGUGCCAGACUACGCACAGACCGAUAUUGGAACGUCUCACGACCAGGGAGGGUCUGCGCAUGGAAACGAUGAUCAGGCGGAGGCAACUGAUGCUACUCCAGGGAUGGGCAAGGCCCAGAGUGUUGUCUCUUCGACACCUCUUCUCGGUAGCGAUGCGACUGGCCACAGGUCUGUUCGCUUUGGAGGCAAGAAGCGGCCUUACCCGAAUGACGAGGCAGGGCUGCGCAUGCCAGCACCGCCGUUUCCUCCUUCGAGUGGCGGCGGCCCUAGGGGUGGAGACUCCCCACGAUCCUCCAAAUACUCGGAAUCACAAUACCUCAAGAGUCAGGGAUAUUUCCGCAGCGGAAGCAAUAACGAGACUUCGCAGGCUCCCGGUGGAUGGGGUGGCUCUCAAUACACUACGAAUAGCGAUUAUGAGCAUGAGUCUUUGCAGGGAGAGAAGGGGUAUGGAUACGGGCAAGGUCACGAGGCGUACACCUGGAGACAUCACCAAGAGCAGCAGGCAGAGGAGGCGGAAGACGAGGAUGAGGAUGAUGAGGACGACGAGGAGGGUGGAUAUCGACCAGGUUCGGUGUCACCGCCGCUUUCGAGGUCGUCCAUGACUACAACCGACAGGCGAACCGAAUACGUCCCCAACCCGUACAACCAGCCGCCUCCUGGUGGCAACCUCGCGCCGCCUUUCAGGUACGGCUUUGGUGGAAUGCGUCCGAUGGCGAUGGGUCCGUUGGGGCCUCGAAAUGGAAUGCCCGCUUUCUCGAACCCGCAGCAUUUGGACAUGAUCUUCCAGCAGCAGAUGCGCAGCCAGAUGGAGGAGCUCUUGGCCGGUAACUUUGGCCCACCACCUCGGUCUAGCACUGCACCGGCGUUCUCUAGUGGCCCCGUAUUCGCCCCCAACCCGCCUCACUCGGUAGCAGCUAGAAGCGGUGGCGGAGGCGUCCCGGUCAACACCUCGCAGUACGCCUCUAACCAGGGCAACAACGGUUCUGCCGUUUCGGGCUCUGCCGUCAACGUCAACGGCAUCACGCGCUACCCGUUCGACACCUGGCCCAUCAGCCCGCCGAACAUGUCCCUGCACAUGCCGCACCUACACCACCAUCACCACCUCUUCAACAGCAAUGGAGAGCCACGCCGCAGCUUCUCAACCGACUCCAUCAGCCCCCUCCUCUGUCAACAGGGCCAGGGCCACUCUCCGUCCAACUCGAAUAAUCCGGGGAUCUGGCAGCAGCACCAGCAGCAGCACCAACAUCAGCAGCAGCAGCAAGCCGGAACCCCAGUUUCGAUGUCGCAGCAGCAGCAACAGCAGUGGUUCCAGCAACAGCAGCAACAGCAGCAGCAGCAACAGGGGAUCCCGCCGCCGUUCGAGGUCAACUGGGAUGGGAGCCCGGUGAAUGUUUCCAUGCGCAUGCCGGGACCGUGGGCGGGUUAUGCAGCUUAACUAGGGGGUGAAGAAGGGGGUGCCACGAUUACAGUUCAGUUACGAGUGUGCGUUUAGUUGCUUGUGAUUCUUGUUUCUUGUUGCUUCUAAAGCGUGUUUA